AAAAAGAAAAGCGGAACUAAUGGCGUUACAUUGCGUCAGGGUCUCUGUGGGUGGGGUCUCAAAAUCACAAGUCAAGUGAACGAGUCCGAUUCAUUUCAAAUCGCCUGCUCGUGGAAACACUGCUGACUCACGCACACUUGCUCUCUCUGCAGCAACCUUUUGGAGUUCUUGGAAAUGAAAUGGAGGAUGUAGAAGCCUUUAUUAUCGCCACAUAAACAUUAAAGCACAGUGGAGUUCUUUUCUUCGCAUAUCCCAGCUUUUGAACAGGAGAGUUAAGGAUCCUGCUCAGUUGUCCAACAGAGGCAGCUUGGAGGGUCUGGGACUUAAACACAGACCUUCAGAUCAACAACCCACAGCCUUAACCACUAGAGCCACCUUUGUGUAUUAGUUGUGGUGUUUGUCGUGUGUGUUAAUUUUGUGUAGCUGUGUAUGUUGUGUGUUUCUUCAGACAUGUGGAUCUACAUGCUUCUGUUUGGGAUGCAGAUUUUCAGCACUGCUCUCACUGCAUCCGGUGGUUCCAUAACAGUUAAACUUCAUCACAAUUUUACACUCAAAUGUGAGCAGAAAUGUUCAGGUGUACUCAGAUGGAGCAGGAAUCGUGCGACUGUGGCUCAGUGUAAUCAGAUGUCCUGCAGCUCUAAAGAAGGCUUUAUUCUCUCUCAUGACCAGUUCCUGAAGGGGAAUCUGUCUCUCACCAUUACUGCAGCUGAUUACAGCAGGAGAGGUUUAUACACUUGUCAGUGCGAUGAGGCAGACCUCAGACACGUGCGACUCCUCAUUCAGACUCAAGAGAUAACACGUGUAAUUGCCCCGGGCAAGCCCAUAGACGUGCCCUUGCCCCUCACUGACCAGGUGGAGGUGAGAUUUACUGCGAGUGAUGCUGCACAACCGUCAGACAUGCAGAUCUGCACUGUGGACCAUGAGGAGAUCAAGUGCAGCUCAAAUUACAGAGCAAGAUCUUCUUGCCUCAACACUCUGCAGAUUACAGAUGGACGUGUCUCUGACACUGGGAGCUACACAGUACGAGAUCAAAUGAACAAUGAGACUCUGGCCAUCUUACGGGUCCAAGUGAGGGAGGAGCAACCAGGUCCAGACAGGGGGCAGGAGUGUGUUAUGCCAGUAUGGCUACUGGUGCUGGUGCUGGUUCUGGUGCUGGUUGUGUCUGCAUUUGUGGUCCUGUUGGUGAUGCAUGUGCGACUGAAGAGAGAGAUUCUGCAGCUUCGUGGGGAACAUCAGCUUGGAAUGAAAGGACUUUACAGUACACACCAGAGCAGGAGAUCUCUGCUGUCACAGGAGACAUCAGUGUCACAAAGUAGUAGCAAUGAGAACUUAUAACUGGGAGAUAUAUAAUUUCUUAUCUUAUCUUACAUCUCGGUUACAUCUCUGCUUAUGACCUCAGGAUAGCGGACACUCCAGUUAAACUGACUCUCUGGGAGCAGGGAACAUCUGGGAACAUCUGUGCCAAAAAGAAGUGUAUCAACACAAUGAUUACACAACAACAACAACAACAACAAUAAUAAUAAUAGGUCUAUAAUCAGGAGUCUUCCUUUUGCAGGGAAGUUGCUGGAGGGAAAAUUUAAAAUUCUGCUUAUCAACAUUGUAAGAAAUAUAAAAUGUGUGUGACAAUAAGACACUAAUGGUGAUAAUCUUAGUGAAGAACAAGAAGUUUAUUCCAGCAUAGCACUGACAAAAUACAUGAAGUACUUUGGGUUCAUCAGAGUCAAUAAGAACCCAGGACAAAUCAUGCUCAAGCAUUUUAUACUGUUUUCUUCUUUGAGGUUUUGCUUUGAAUGUGUAUUGAGCGUAAGAACUGAGUGUCUCCCAAAUGGCUGAGAUUCA